AUGCAGUUCAUGCUGCUGUUCAGCCGCCAAGGAAAGCUGCGCCUCCAGAAAUGGUAUGUGCCUCUCUCUGACAAGGAGAGGAAGAAGAUCUCCAGGGAUCUAGUUCAGACCAUCCUGGCAAGGAAGCCCAAAAUGUGCAGCUUCUUGGAGUGGAGGGACCUGAAGAUUGUUUACAAGCGAUACGCCAGCCUGUAUUUCUGCUGCGCGGUGGAAGAUCAGGACAAUGAGUUGAUCACCCUGGAGAUCAUCCACCGAUACGUGGAGUUAUUGGACAAAUACUUUGGCAGUGUGUGCGAGCUGGACAUCAUCUUUAACUUUGAGAAGGCCUACUUCAUUCUUGACGAGUUCUUGUUGGGCGGCGAGGCCCAGGAAACCUCCAAGAAGAAUGUGCUGAAAGCUAUCGAGCAGGCAGACCUGUUGCAGGAGGAUCUACAGGAAGCAGAGGCCCCAAGGAGUGUUUUAGAAGAAAUUGGGCUGACAUAG